AUGGCGCCCCAAUCACUCUCCUCAGUAAACUUAACAAUCCUUGGAAGCGCGUCUGCCCAACCUUCUUCAACCCGGAAUCACUCCGCCCUCGCACUGCGCCUCGGCGGCGAUGUCUGGCUCUUCGACUGUGGCGAAGCGACGCAGCACCGUAUUCAGAAGAGCAACGUGAAGAUGGGUAGAAUCAAGAAGAUCUUCAUUACGCACACUCAUGGUGAUCAUAUAUUCGGCCUUCUACCCCUCAUGGCCAGCUGCCUCGAUGGUUCAGGUGGCAUGGUCAAUGAGUCAGAGGACGGAAGACUUCAGUCAGGCAGUACAGAAGAGACACAGCCGUUAGAGAUCUACGGUCCCUUGGGCACACGGGCCUUCAUCCGCACCGGCAUCUUCUACUCCUACACGAAUCUCGGCGCACCGUACGUGGUACACGAGCUGCGCCUGCCUACCGAUCCUGUGGACGGUGAUUACACCACGCUCCCACCGCGAUCGCCCGAGCUGCCGGGACGGAACAUCAUGCAGACGAACGGCGCGUGGACGGACAUCUUCCCAGACGAGGUCGUCAGUGUCGCAGCUGCACCUAUCUUGCAUUCCGUCCCUUGCGUAGGGUUCGUGGUCACCGAGCUGCCAAUACCGGGCAAGAUCGACCCAAAGGACUACGUCCCCCACCUCAAGCGGACGAAUACGCCGAUGUCGGUUAUGCGGCAAUUACAACAGGGAGAAAGUGUCGAGCUGUCCGACGGCACUAUCCUCAAAGGACCACUGAGGAGACCAGGGCGCAAGGUGGCGAUACUGGGCGACACCUACGACCCUUCGCCGAUAAUCGACUUGGCUCUGGACGCGGACCUUUUGGUUCAUGAAGCCACGAACGCGCACUUGCCUAGGGUCGAUCCAAAUACGAAAGAUGACGAUACUUACGAGAGCGUGGAAGCACGAACGAAAUCGCGCGGACACUCAACCCCACAGAUGGCGGGUGCAUUUGCGAAGAGGAUCCGCGCGAAGAGGCUGUUGCUCAAUCAUUUCUCCGCUCGGUAUGCGGGUAACGACGACGUCGAUGAAGAAGCAAAGAAAAUCAUGGAGGCCAUUAGAGGACUGGCUAUGCAGGAGUUCGAUGGACCAGUCAUCUGUGCGAGAGACUUCAUGAGUUUCGACGUAGAAUUACCACAUUAG